AUGUUCACCAAAAUUUUAGCUCUUUCCUUGGUGGUACUUUGUGCCCGCGCCCAACACGGCCACCACGCCACCUCCUACGCCUCCGUCACCCGACACGACUCCCACCCCCAAAUCCACACCCUUGUUAAAGCCACCCUUCCUGUAGCCGUCCACACCCAGCUCCACGCCGCUCCCGUUGUAGCACAUCCGGUACACCACACCGUGGACUACCAUGCCCAUCCCCAAUACAACUUCAAAUAUGGAGUCCAGGACCACCACACCGGUGAUAUUAAAGAACAGGAGGAAAGUCGUGAUGGAGAUGUCGUCAAAGGCUCUUACUCCGUCCAUGAACCCGAUGGUACCAUCUUGACCGUCCACUACACCGCUGACAAGCACAGUGGGUUCAACGCUGUGGUCCAAAGGUCCGGACACGCCGCCCACCCUCAACAUGUUCAACACGCAGUAGUUGCAGUACCCGUUCAUCAUUAA